GGCUGACGCGCGGGCGCCGGGGCGCGGCGCCACCGGGACCCUAGUGGCUCGGGGAGCCGGCACGGCGACGGGCGCCCGGGCGGGUUCCGCGCUGAGCCGCCACCUCGGCCGGCUGGUCCCUGCGGCGGCGGCCCGGGCGGCCCGGGGGCUCGGUCCUUCGCCAUGUACACCUUCGUGGUGCGCGACGAGAACAGCAGCGUCUACGCCGAGGUCUCGCGGCUGCUGCUCGCCACCGGCCACUGGAAGAGGCUGAGGCGCGACAACCCCAGGUUCAACCUGAUGCUGGGCGAGAGGAACCGGCUGCCCUUCGGGAGACUGGGUCACGAGCCUGGGCUGAUGCAGUUGGUGAAUUACUACAGAGGGGCUGACAAACUGUGUCGCAAAGCUUCUUUAGUGAAGCUAAUCAAGACAAGCCCAGACCUGGCUGAAUCCUGCACAUGGUUUCCAGAGUCCUAUGUGAUUUAUCCAACUAAUCUCAAGACCCCAGUUGCUCCAGCACAGAAUGGAAUUCACCCACCGAUCCAUAACUCAAGGACAGAUGAAAGGGAAUUCUUCCUGGCUUCUUAUAACAGAAAGAAAGAAGAUGGAGAGGGCAAUGUUUGGAUUGCAAAGUCAUCAGCUGGUGCCAAAGGUGAAGGCAUCCUCAUCUCCUCGGAGGCUACAGAGCUUCUGGAUUUCAUUGACAACCAGGGUCAGGUGCAUGUGAUCCAGAAAUACCUUGAGCACCCUCUGCUUCUGGAGCCAGGUCACCGCAAGUUUGACAUUCGAAGCUGGGUCUUGGUGGAUCAUCAGUAUAAUAUCUACCUCUAUAAGGAGGGUGUGCUUCGGACUGCUUCAGAACCAUAUCAUGUUGAUAAUUUCCAAGACAAAACCUGCCAUUUGACCAAUCACUGCAUUCAAAAGGAGUACUCAAAGAAUUAUGGAAAGUAUGAAGAAGGGAAUGAAAUGUUCUUUGAGGAGUUCAAUCAGUACCUAAUAAGUGCUUUGAACAUUACCCUGGAAAGUAGUAUCUUACUACUUAAACAUAUAAUAAGAAGCUGCCUCAUGAGCGUGGAGCCCGCCAUUAGCACCAGGCACCUCCCUUACCAGAGCUUCCAGCUCUUUGGCUUCGACUUCAUGGUGGACGAGGAGCUGAAGGUGUGGCUCAUUGAGGUCAACGGCGCCCCAGCUUGUGCUCAGAAGCUUUAUGCAGAACUCUGCCAGGGCAUCGUGGACAUAGCCAUUUCCAGUGUCUUCCCACCCCCGGACGUGGAGCCGCAGCACGUCCAGCCGGCGGCAUUCAUCAGGCUGUGACCGAGGGAGGCGCUCAGAGCUGCCUCAGAAGAAGCACGAGCUCCUGCUCCAGGGGAAGGUGGACUGUCAGGGUGGCUCACCACCAAGCCAGGACUGGAGAAAGAGAGGCAACCGGCAAAGCCGCGACAGAAGGGAGAACACCAGAAGAAAAGGCAGCUUCCCCAAAGAGCGGUGGCUCAGGGGUUCCAGGUGGCACUCUCAGCGCUGCUGUUGAGAUGUGAGAACGGAAGCCAGUUGCUCUGGGGGGGGAGUCAAAUGCUCUUCUAAGGGGAAAAGACAGGGAUUUGAUUAUUUUAUGUUCUCAUCCUUUAAAAAAAUCCAGUUUUUAUCCUAAGGCAGCAUUGUGAGCAGCGCCUCUCCUCCCUGGGGGUUGAGACUGUUGGACCUUUUGUUGGUGUCUUUCCACCUGCUGCAGCCUUAGUGCCUUAGCUCCAUGCCCAGCUGCAACCCUUCUGUCUGGGACACGGAUUGGAUAUUAUAGCGUCCGGGAGGUUGCCAGUGUGUUCCCUGCCCAUCUCUCCCCGCACCACCCUGCCCGUGGAAGUCUGGACAAGCAUGCACCAACAGUGCUCGGGUUUGUGCUGGGCGCCACCUCACAGGGAGCGAAGGGGGCUUUCCUCAUCAUGUUCCUGACGGCGUUUGGUCAGUCACCUGUCAGGGCCGGUGUGGGCUAGGCACCGAAACAGCAAAUGCUGCUCUCGAUCUGCUCUGUGCAUGUUUUAGAAACCAAGCAGCAAGUUUGCCACAAACCCAUAAGCAUCAAAUAAGCAUGAGAGAGAAAACAAAACAAAACAAAACACGAUGUCUUGCUUUACUUAAUAGUUGGGUGUGGUAGGUUUUGGAAAUAUGAUGAUCCUCACUUAUCUUUGUUUUAACCAGAAUUCUACAUGCACUUUUGCAAAGUUCCCUUUGGCUCGCUUUUUUUUUGUUUUAACUUCUGUAAAAACCCCUCUAGAGGGUAGGAGAAGUAGAGUUACACACACAAAUACACACACACACACACACACACACACACACACACCCUACCAGGUGACACUGCCCCAGACACAGGUAGCUCUCCCCCAUUUUCUUGCCCUCAAAGCACCUUCUGCAGGAGCUAGAAGGGCACGUUUGGAUCCAGGGAAGAUUCUCUGCCUGCUUGUGCCUCUGCAUGCCAGGCGAGGGUCUAAAUGAGUGUUUGUCUGGCCUGAAUGGGGGAAUCUUCUAAAAUGGGAAAGACGUGGUUUCAGAGCUCUAUACAGCAUCUUGUAAGUCAACAAAUGUGUCCUGUUAGGUGUAGUUUCCACUCACUGGAUCAAAUAUUCUGUAGAUUUUUCAGGAGACUAUAUCCCUAGCAGUGGGAAGAACAAGAUGCUACUUGCGUUCCAACGUGAGCCGAAUGAGCAGGUCCUUCUUAGAAUGUACUGGGAACCACAGCAGGCCUUGUCCAGUAUGUGCUGUGUUCUUCCUUUGUGUAUAUGUGUGCCCCAUUAUUCUUUCUGUGUGGUACCAGACAACAGUUCUGCAGUCAGGGAGACUUUCCUAAAAAGGGAAAAGAGCAAUGCCUCCUGAAAUACGAUGAGAUGUGGGAGCUCACGGUGAAGAAAGGAUAAGGAGUAUUUCAUAGAUGCAGCAGUGGGUGUAGGACGUGGUAGCAUUAUGUCGAGGUGAAGGAGAAAGGCCCAACUGGUUCGGCUCUUCUGCAAAUUGGAAUUACAAAAUAUUCUGGUUACCCAGAAUACAGACAAUAAGGUUUGCAUCCAGAGUGAAAUUAAACAGUCAGCAGGGAAAGUCAGUCUUGGAAGGCCAGCACUGUUUGAUGAGUGUUUGGGGACUUUGAGCAGAUCAUGACAAGGUGCACACCCUUCUAGAAAGUGUGAACUACUCAGUCCUUGGGAAGUCUCUGUGGACUGGUGACAGGGGGAGCAUGGAGGUUUUUGUUGUGUUAUCACACGUGAAUGUAGAUCUGUAAUGAUCUUUUGGACCUAAAUUAAGGGGACAUUUGAGAGUUUCCUAACUCUCACAGUGACAGAGCUAAGAAUUUAGAUGGUGCAAGUCCAUGGAUCUUGACAGAAUUACUAAGAAACCUCAACCACUGGCAUAUAUGUGAGGGAUGUAAAGCUUUACAAAGAAAAUUAUGCUUCAUUCCUCACAUGGUUUCAAAUAAAUAUCUAUUUCAUGCAUUAGUUUUUGAUCGGGUGGGAUGGUUGGCUCAGAAUUGUUCCAUACCCUUCCAUGAUACCUUUGGCACAGAUGGUAGUGCCUCGCCUCUCAGUCUUCCUACAUGCAGAGUGCGUAUGUGUCGCCAGUUGCUAGGGGAGGAGGUGUUCUUUAUUUGGAGAUGUUAAUUCCAAUCUUCGCACUGUCAUUUGACUGCACUGUGUGAGAUGAACCCAUUAACUUCUCUGUGCCUUAGAUUCUUAUCUCAUGAAAGGGAUUGUUGCCUGACCUGGAGACUACCUCAGGGACUUCUAGUGAGGACAGGUGAGGUUAGGAAGACUCAAGAACCUGUGGUACCAAGGUUCUCAGUGCUGACUAUAUGCUGGAAUCACUUGGGGAGUUUUUUAGAAUGCUGGUUUUUACACCCUUUCUCUCCCACCUCUGACCAAUGAAAUCAGAACCUGAGGCAUCAGUAUGAUUUGAGAUGCCUUGAACCACUGCUUAAGAAGGAAGGACAAACACACUGCUACCUUAGAAUAAUCAAGUAAGAUCUAGGACUUUUUGGAAAAGUUCCUUUAGGAAGAACAGGCAUUUCUUGAGGAAUGACCAUGUUGGUCAACGUGUUGACCUACAUAUUCAUGAUACAAGCAACUGCUGUCUAAGCAUGUUCUCGUUUUGCUUCUUGUCCAGCAUUUGUAAACUCAAACAUGCUUUCAUUUCCUUAAACAGUUUGUGAAGCCUUGACAACAAAUGUAAACAGCCAGGAAUUUAUACAUCUGCUAAAUAUGUGUUAAGGGUAUUUGUUACUGAGAGAAAAGCCCCUUCCCUCAUUAACUCCUGUGGUAAUCAUAAACUCGAUUUUACCCAGAACAUUGAAGUGCCUCAGUGUCUGUAUGAUUCAGUGGAGCAGGUGCUGGCAUGCUUACCUGCGCACUCGCCCUUUCACUAGCACCUCAGGAUAAUUAUCCCAGACUCGGGAUAUCUGGUAGUGUCAGAAAUGUAUGGGAUCCACAGAAUUUGCAAACAGCAGCAAAGCUACAGAGUGUGUUUUUGUUGACAGCCACGGUUGUGUCAAGCAGGUGUGGAUCCAGCCCUGUUGUGGGGGUGGGGGACUCUGCCAGAGAACACAAGGGGCCAGAGUAAGUCCCCUGCAGCAUGUGGGUGCUGUGGAGAAAAUUCAGUGAUACACUUGUCUCUGAUCCUAGAUGCAGAAUCUGUACCUAAGAGGAAAUGACUUCUGAAAUAAGGUGAUUUUAUGAAUGUUUAAAAUGCCCAGAGCAUUAAAGUAAUAUUUCAAGCGUC